AUGAAGAAGUACCCUAUAGUGCUAGAAGGUGUGGAGAUGCUCGGAAAUCUUGUGAAAAUGGAGUUGAAUCACUACGAGGUGAUUCUCGGAAUGGAUUGGUUGACGAAACAUCGAGCUGUACUUGAUUGUCCGCGAGCACGGGUACAUAUCCCGAGGACAGAAGGGAAGUUGGUGUUCCAAGGGAUCAAGAGAAAUAGCGGAAUUUCCAUUAUUUCGAUGCUGCAAGCAGAGGAGUUAUUGGAGAAAGGAGCUGAAGCAUAUCUUGCCACCAUUACUAUGAAUGAGAAAGAGUCGACACCGGUGUUGAGUACCAUACCGGUGGUAGCGGAAUACGAGGACGUGUUUGAACCGUUGACGGGACCACCGCCACACCGAGGUGAUGCAUUCACGAUAGAGUUGGAGCCGGGAACCGCACCUAUAUCGAAGGCACCUUACCGGUUAGCGACAGCGGAAAUGGCUGAGCUCAAGAACCAGUUAGAAGAUUUGGCUGAAAAAGGCUUCAUUCGACCGAGUAGUUCACCGUGGGGAGCGCCGGUGUUAUUCGUCAAGAAAAAGGACGGAAGUUUCAGACUCUGUAUCGAUUAUCAGGGAUUGAACAAAGUGACGAUAAAGAACCGUACCCGUUGCCAAGGAUCGAUGAGUUGUUGGACCAACUACAAGGAGCGUCUUGGUUUUCUAAGAUAG